GUGAAGUGUACACAAGGUCUCACAGUGCAGGGAGAAGAUACAGACUCCAUGGUGACUGAGCCAGGACCCCAGCACUGCUACCCACUGAGCCACCCUGCUGCCCAGAGCCUGGACAGGAGGAGUGAAGGGUUCCUUAGGUAUAAGACUCUCUCCGAUAAAUUCUUCUUUGUAAGACAAUGGUCCUUUCCAUCAAUGACCCACCAAGAAUGGAGAAGGACAGAAGCCACAUGGCUGCAGAGAUAUUAGACUUCGCCCUAGAGAUCAUCUACUUGAUAACUGGAGAGGAUUACACAGUAGUGAAGAAGUCGUCUGAUGAGUGUGUUACACCCCGUGCUUCAAAAGGACGGAAGAAGACCCAGAGUCCCAUCACGAAGCCUCCACCUCAUUCACUGAUACAUGAGCAGAAGAUCCUAGAACUUACCAACAGGAUCACUGACCUGCUGACCGGACAGGUUCCUAUAAGGUGUCAGGAUGUCGCUGUCUAUUUCUCCAUGGAAGAGUGGGAGUAUUUAGAAGGACACAAAGAUCUGUACACGAUGUACAUGAUGGAGAAUCACCAGCCCCUCACAACACUGGAUAAAUCCAAUCAGAGAAAUCCACCAGAGAGAUGUCCCAGUCCUCCACAUUCCCCGGACUGUCCAGAGGAGAAGCCAAACGUUGCACUGGAUCAUCAUGACCUUAAGGCAGAGAAUCACCAGCCCCUCACAUCACCAGAUGAAUCCAGUCAAAGAAAUCCACCAGAGAGAUGUCCCAGUCCUCUACAUUCCCAGGACUGUCCAGAAGAAAAGCCAAAUGUCCCACUGGAUCAUCAGGUAGGAAAGUGAUGAAAGUGAAAGGACAAGUGGCCUGGAGAACCCCACA